AUGAUAAAUAUUCACCUAUAUGUAACAAUAAAUCUCUUAUCUUUCUGGGAGAUUUUAAUAUUGAUCUACUAUGCUAAUAGUAAUGCAGAAAUAAAUAAUUUUUUAGAUAUAUUGCCUACUUGUGUGACAAAUACUAGUCAUACAAUCAUUGAUAACAUUUCUUGUUCUUGGGAUCUUGUGGACACCGUUUCUGGUAACAUUCUUACUUCUGUAUCUGACCAUUUUUCCCAAUUCUUGAUUUUAAAGAAAAUGGAAAAAACAAAUUCCUUAGGGAUGAAAGAGGUAAGAGAUUGGUCAAAAUUUAACCCUUACCUAUUUUUGCGAAAAGUUUCAUCAAGUAACUGGAAUGACACACUGCAACUUCAGCAAACUGAUGUUAACAAAUCUUUUGAUAAUUUCUACAACAGUGUCAAUAACCUUUUGGAAGAAAGUGCUCCUUUACGUAAACUUUCCAACCCAUGUAAUUUAUGGAUGACUAGAGGUAUUUUAUGUUCUAUAAAAACAUGUGACCUCCUGUAUAGAAAAUUUCUAUCUUCAAAAGAUCUAGAUCACAAAGCUUUCUAUCAGGAAAGAUCCAGAUCACAAAGCUUUCUAUCAGGAAAGAUCCAGAUCACAAAGCUUUCUAUCAGGAAAGAUUGUAUCACUAUUGUCUCACUUUGCAGAGCAAGUAAAACUGACUAUUAUAGAAAAUAUUUUCAAGAAAAUAGUAAUUCUAUACGUAAUGUAUGGAAAGGUAUUAACACACUUAUAUCAGGUAAAACUUAUUCACAACCUCCUGGUGGUUCAAUGGUCACUGACCCUAAAGUUAUUGUAUUAAUAUUGAUCUACUAUGCUAAUAGUAAUGCAGAAAUAAAUAAUUUUUUAGAUAUAUUGCCUACUUGUGUGACAAAUACUAGUCAUACAAUCAUUGAUAACAUUUCUUGUUCUUGGGAUCUUGUGGACACCGUUUCUGGUAACAUUCUUACUUCUGUAUCUGACCAUUUUUCCCAAUUCUUGAUUUUAAAGAAAAUGGAAAAAACAAAUUCCUUAGGGAUGAAAGAGGUAAGAGAUUGGUCAAAAUUUAACCCUUACCUAUUUUUGCGAAAAGUUUCAUCAAGUAACUGGAAUGACACACUGCAACUUCAGCAAACUGAUGUUAACAAAUCUUUUGAUAAUUUCUACAACAGUGUCAAUAACCUUUUGGAAGAAAGUGCUCCUUUACGUAAACUUUCCAACCCAUGUAAUUUAUGGAUGACUAGAGGUAUUUUAUGUUCUAUAAAAACAUGUGACCUCCUGUAUAGAAAAUUUCUAUCUUCAAAAGAUCUAGAUCACAAAGCUUUCUAUCAGGAAAGAUCCAGAUCACAAAGCUUUCUAUCAGGAAAGAUCCAGAUCACAAAGCUUUCUAUCAGGAAAGAUUGUAUCACUAUUGUCUCACUUUGCAGAGCAAGUAAAACUGACUAUUAUAGAAAAUAUUUUCAAGAAAAUAGUAAUUCUAUACGUAAUGUAUGGAAAGGUAUUAACACACUUAUAUCAGGUAAAACUUAUUCACAACCUCCUGGUGGUUCAAUGGUCACUGACCCUAAAGUUAUUGUUAACACUUUUAACAGCUUUUUUGCAUCUGUUGCUGAGAAAAUUAGGUCUAAAAUACCAAAAACACUUAAAACUUUCUCACACUAUCUAAAAAAUUCUAAUCCUAAUACAAUAUUUUUAUCACCAACAACCAAAGAUGAAGUGCUAAAAUGCUCUUAUCCAGAUAACCUAAAAGUUGCCAAAGUUAUCCCAAUUCACAAAAAGGGAACUAAACUACUAUGUAACAAUUACAGGCCUAUAUCUUUGCUACCAAAUCUUGAUAAUAUCUUUGAAAAGCUAAUUUAUCAAAGAGUUCGUAAUUUUCUUCUUAAACACAAUUCGUCAUUUUCGCACCGGAUUGGAUUUAGAAGAAAGUAUUCAACAUCGCAUGCAAUUAUCAAUAUGAUUCAAACUAUAAUGGAUGAGGUUGAUAAAGGGUGUGGAAUUUUUAUUGAUCUCCAGAAGGCUUUUGAUACUGUUAAACCACAAAAUUCUAUUGAAAAUUUGUCUCACUAUGGAGGUGAAAGAUUGUUUCAAAGCAACUCUAUUAAACAUCUAGGAAUACUUCUAGACUCUAACCUAACUUGGAAGCCGCAGAUUUAUAGUUUUGGUACGAAGUCUAUACGUCAUCGAGACGUUCUGUCAUGGCAAUUUUGUCAUGAUAAAUGUCCAAGUAUAAAACUUCUUGACUUGACUGAAAAUGAGCCCAAAUCUACCCUGAAGAAACACUGA